AUGCUGCCGCCAACCUUCACCGGUGAGGGUGAGCUGAUUUAUCAGUUUUACGUCCUUGGCGAGAACCGAGUGAUGACUCUUCAAAGGGCCGGAGACCGAGAAUUUUGGGCAGACAACGAUUAUAGCAUCCUUGGAUCAUCCCACGGCUGGCUUUUCUUGUUCCACAAGGAAAGUUGCGACCUUAUCCUCUCCAAUCCCCUUUACGGCCGCCACGUAAUGCUUCCAUCCAUCUGCACAUUGUCAGAUAUCCCUAAAAGGCACUUGGACCGUGGCUUCAGGUCCCUGCAUGACAUCAUCAUCUCCAGCUCCAGCCCCGAUGACGACGACGAAUGCCGUGCGCUCGUCACUUUCAGCCCCCGCCAAAGACUGGCUUUCUGCUGCCCCAACAGCAGCAGUUUGGAGUGGACUGUGCUAGGCGAUAAGACAGACUACGAUUCAUGUGUUUACUCCGCCAAACAAAAGCUCUUUUUCUGUUUCAGAGAUGGAUAUUAUCAAGGUAUCCACGAGAAUAAGGAUCCUCGUCUGGAGGCUUGGGACCUCAAAGACCCUCAUUCUCCAAGGAUGAUUCUUAUGCCUUUGUCUUUUGAUAAGAACAACUACCCCACUGCCUACAGAUCAGAGCAAGAGCACAAACAAAAAGAUCAUCUCCCAAUAUGGGACGCCAUAUUACUAGCAGUUGCCGAGCCAACGGGCCAGCUUUUUCAUGUGAGACGGUUUACCAAGGACUGGGUUGGGGCCGAUGGCUACUACACCAAGGAUGAGUAUUAUGGGCCCAAGACAGGGAUCUACACGGAUCCUCCGUACAUGACAGUUGGUUUCGAUGUUCACAGAUACGACCCGAAGACUGGCUCCCUGGUUUACAUAGACCGCUCUCUGGAUGGGCUGACCCUUUUCCUUGGCUCUAAUAACGGGUUUGGGCUCCCAGCUGCCGACUUCCCUGAGCUGAAGCCCGAUUCCAUUUACUACACAGAACCCCCGAGGUGGCGCAAAGGUUGCCAUCAUGUUGACAAUUAUAAUUAUUAUGUUGGCAUCUUCAAUUACAGAGACGAGAUGUUUGCGCCGUGCUUCUAUCCUGUUGAUGUGCAGAGCAGUGUAAGGCAGUCUUCUCCGGUCUGUUACUCUAGCAGACCAACUGAAGUUGAGCACAUCUUCAGUUUGUCAAUGGUCACCACAUUCGUUAGCAUAUCUGUUGGGUUCUUGCUUCCUACAAUCUUCUUCAAGGUCAACACUUCAUCCUCAAGAAGUGAUUUGAUGAAAUGA